CGGAUGUUUACGUUUGGUCGGUGUUAUAGUAAAAUUUUCCUACACUUGUGCAACAAUUACAAAAUUAAUUUCAUUGAUACAGUAGAAAGAAUAUGCUUCAGAGCAUAAUUUUUUAUUAAAUUGAUAGUGACUUUAUACGUCGGAACUGAUUAAUUUAGUUCUAAUUAACUGUUGGCAAUAAACAAAUGGAUGUGAGUGUUGGAGCAAGUUGUGAAGCCCUGCAGGCAGUGGAAAGAUUAUAUAUUCAUGUGAAACAAAACAAAGAGCAAAUAGAUGACACAGUAUUUCAGAAAUGUGUGGACACACUAGAGAAUCUGAGGUCUAUCAAAUCCAGCCUUGAAGGGUCAGAGGUCAAGGUCACAGCACCAGAGGUCAGCCAGUCAUGGCUUCAAGAACUGAAACAGUUGACCUUGAUGCAUGUUCCAUCAUCUUUAACUGAUACUGUCAGAGAAAAUUUUACGCAGCUAAUCAAAAAGUCUUUUCAGGAUGAAGAAGUAGAAAUUGUGUUCGCAGCUUUGAUAACUUGUCCUUGGUACGGAUGCACCCAGAAGGAGCGAGGAGAGCAUGCAAAAUAUAACAAUCUAUUUAUAGUGUACCAAUCAACACUUGAAAGGUUCAUGGCACCGCACAGUGCUCAUCUUGUAGAGCAGACCAAUGUUGUAGAUAUGAAUUGGAUGUAUGCCUGUGAACUUUACCAUUUUGUACAGUUUAUUGCUAAGGGUAGAACUCGUAAUGUUGAAGCACUCUAUUGUCCGCAAUCAGCUAUUUUGUUUGAGACAGAACAAUGGAAACAGCUGCGGUCUAGACUACAUCAUAGUAAAGUUACAGGAUUGAGGGGUUUUCUCGAGGCAUGUCGGGGUCAGUCAGUUGGUGGUAUUGGCAAAAAGGGGAAAGAUGGAAAAUUCCGAAUGAAGGAUUCUACCACCUUUAGAGAGCUGUGUGACUCAUUCAGGUUGAUGCAUCAUGCACACAAUAGUGUGAACAAUCUACCUCCAUGUACUGAAGAGUUUGAAGAUCUCAAUUCAACACCAGAAAUAGCCCAUAAGUCAUUAGAUAUUCUGAAGUCAAUGUAUCAGAACCCUGAUGUUUCAAAGAAAGAUGCUUUUGUAAAACUCUGUGAAUGGAAAGAGGAAGUAGACAAGCAUUUGACACCAAAAUAUAACUUUACAAAACCAGAGGAAGUUCAUGGCAUUGUGGGAAAGUGGCAUAUGGAAAUGAGGCUGAAGGGCAGGACAAUCACUCCAAAUACAUGUGUAAAAGAUGGAAUAUCGGAGAUGCUGGGUUUGUUGGAGGAGAUUGGAGGACAGGUGGCAGGCCUGAAACCAGAGCAGAUACUGAUGAUAGCCCGCGCUGGAAGCUACAUGUAUGGUCUCUCAACACCAACCAGUGAUAUAGACUAUGUUAUCAUAUAUGCUGAAAAUACGGAGACAUAUUUGACAGCUUGCAAGCAGUUACCAGAGAUUAUUGAGAACAGGGGACCAAAUAAGCAAGUGGAGUAUGGGGCAUAUGAAGCCAGAUGUUUUGCUGAAAUGUUGCUGAAGGGCAGUGUUGUCAUCUUAGAGUUAGUUUACAAAGACGACCACAAUUACAUGAGCCCAGCAUGGAAAGCAUUGUGUCAGCAGAAAGAGAAGUUUAUAUCUGAGAGAGCCAUUCAACAGUACAUGGGCCUCAUCAAAAACAACAUAAGGAUGAUCAAAAAUGAAAAACAUAAAAAUGCACCACAGGAAAGAAAACUUUUCUACCAGAUAUACCACAAACUAGACAGUAUAGAGUAUAUGAUGAAGAACGUUCCACCUCCGGUCAAAUGUACUGGCUCAACUAGAGAUUUUAUAAUGAGGGUCAGAACUGCCUCGUUAGAGGGUGAUCUUGACAGAGAUGUGCUGUACAAGGACUGUAUAAGCAAGGUGGAUGAUAUCAGGGACCGUUUAGCAAAUAGACCUACACGACUGAGGGAGAAUUGUGAUUUUGAAUUUAUAAUGGACUGGAUUAUGACUGUUAGAGGCAUAAGCUAUAGAGUGACAUAAAAUUCCUUAUACAGUUGAAACUGUGAUAAAAAGCCAUCUAUGAACGCAGACAGAUUGGUUCAUUUCAUUGUCGAUAUUAUCAUUUAUAUCGUAACUAGUGAAUAUUUUGGCUUCUUAGGGCAUGGUGUUUGUAUACGUAUUGAUGGUAUUUUAGGUUAAAACAUAAAAGUAUAAUAUUUUUUUUUCAUGAAAGUGUAUACAUUUUCAAUGUAAAAACUGGUUGGACAGCACUUAUAAUCAGAACUUUAAGGAAUGAUGACUGUUAAGAUAGGAAAAACUAUUUCAUUUAAUAGCUUCAUAUUGUAAAAGUCUUUUGUUUCACAACAAGAUUAACAGAGAACGGGUUUUACUGUAUUAAUCAUGUCGAAAAUAUUUCAAGGUACAGUCUGUCUUAACAGUAGAUACUGCAAAAUCAUAAAUUUUUGCUGGGGACUAAUUUGCAUGAAUUUCGUGGUUGAGUGUGAAAUUGAGUCAAUGCAUGAAAUUUAAUCCCAGUGAGGCAGAAAAAAUCACAUUAAUUUUAUGUUAGAGGGGCCUCCGUGCCAGAGUGGUUAAGGUCGCUGACUUCAAAUCACUUGCCCCUCAUCAAUAUUGAUUGGAGCCCCACUAAGAAAGCUAUCUAGCUGGCUUACGGAAGGUCGGUGGUUCUACCCAGGUGCCCGCCCACGGAUGGGCACCUUUGGUCUUCCUCCAACGUCAAAGCUGGAAUAUGACCUAUAUUUGUGUCGCCGCGAUGUUAAACCCAACAAAAACAAAUCAAAGGCCUGAAUGGCCUGAGUCGGCUGAUGAUUGAUGUACUGACAGUAUAGUCUACCAGUUUCAGUUUGUUUUUAGUUUUUUUCUCAAAAUUUCAUAACACAGCUCGAUAUUUACCCAAAAUAUUAUAUCCGGAUACGAUUACACUUUUCUCCAGUUUGAACAAUAUAUUUUACAAAUUGUGAUGAUACGAAGACAUUUAGCAGCAAUUGGCAGUAUCUGACAUUGAAGUUUACGGUUAAAUUACCUCUUAUUUAAAUCUUUUCAUAAAAAAGUUAUUUCGUUUCGCAGCCAAACAUAGACGAUCUACUUUCGAUUUCAAAAACUACAAGAAAAUACAAUUUAAUGUUUCGCCGAUUUGUUUAUUUCUCGAAAAAUAAGAAUUAAAAUCAUUUUUAAUAUCUGUAGUAACUAAACAAACCAGUAAGAGCUUCUUCUUCCGAUAAUUUAUCCGUUUACUGACUGCAAAAUUCAUGUGUGUGUGUAGAAACCCAUGCAAAGUUUAUAAAAAAUCAUAUGAUGCGUGUAUACGUUCAAUGUGUGAGAAUUAAGGCUGAUCGGGAUCGGCUAUGUUACCUAACGCAUCUAGACGAUUCAGAUUUUGUUUUUUUAAAAGCAUUGUGUGCAUUUCCGUAAUUUUAUAUACGUUUUUAUAUGCUUAGAAAUUAUUAGACAUGCGUAUUUGCAUUAUUUCUAUACGUAAUUUACGCUAAUACGCAUCUUAUCUGGAGCCCUGUGGAACUAUUUUUUGUCUUUCGCUGGAUGUUACGCAAGCUUUGUAAGCCUGCGCAAUUCAUAAAAUGCACAUUUAUGCUUAAUGAGUUACAUUCGAGUAUUGCACAAUUACAAGUCAUAAAUAUGACAGAUUACAUCGUAUAUUGGUCAUAACAAAGGGAAUUCACACAACUUAACUUCAUUCAUGCAGUGAACUGUUUGAAGUUUGAGAAAUCUAAUGGAACUACAUCCCUUCACUGUGUUAUUUGGUCCGUUUAGACUUAGAGAAUCGUUGGAUAGCAAGGACUCGUCAAAACGAUUUCAUCGUUUAGCCGACUCAAAAAUCAUUUUAUAUUUGUAAUUUUAUAUCCCAACAGAACAGCCAUUUUGACCCAAACCAGCAAUUCUAGGCCCAAGAUGAUAAAAUUGAGGAAAGAAGAUACAAUAUCUGGUGCAAUAUAUUAAAUAAAUCUUGCUUACAUUACUGUGAAAUGUUGACCAAAUGAUAUUGUACAAUAUUAUGCAUGUGAUAAUAAUCUACUAUAUAUUGUUAAUGUUUUUCUCAAAGAUUUUUUAACUAUUGCAGCUAUUGUUGUGACAAUAUACGUUUGAAUCUAUGUAAUUAAUGUUUUUGCAAUUUUUGUAUUUAUUGUACUUUAUAUCAGUGUAAUACCUCCAAAAUAGCUGUACAAUUUUGAUUUUAAACAAAAUUAAUAUUAAAGUGAUUUACAUGUG